GUGCUGCGCAUGACUUUUAAAUGGUUCUGGGGACGUAUUCCGGUGCUGCAUUCGAACGGUUCUGUGACCGUACCGGCUGCCGUAUACUGAUGAGUUGAGAACAAUUAUCCUCGGCACAACAUGGCGUCAUCCUCGAAACCUAAACGCAAACGCAAACGGCACAGCUCAAAUUCAGAAGAUGAUCCACUGUGGACAAAUAGAUUAGAUGGCGAUUAUUAUUCCGCAUCAAGCGAUAAGAAGAAGAAAUUAACUGCACUGAGUAGUUACAUUCCGCGUGAAACAAGUGAUUGGACGAUGAGCGAACUAGAAAAUCUUCAGAUUAAUUGGAACUGGAUCGACCCAUCCACGAAGAGCAUUGAUGAAUUUUUCGACAUGUUUUCAAAUAUAAAUGCAGGUUUGCCACCCCUCGAUGCAGAUUUAAUCAAGAUGAUGGAUUAUUUGAAUGCUAACUUGACAUUUGACACAAGUGUCAAAGAACUUGAACAGGAAAAUUUUGUUAAAGUUAGAGAAUAUCUUGUUAAAAACUUUCUUCCCAAAGUUGAUGCUGAUUCAGAUGAACACCAUGAUGAUGAAGAGUUGAUGAAAACUGUGGGUAGUAGUUCCAGAGUUUUGAUACAUCAUAUUGAAGCUGGAAGACAUGACCUUCAAAAUGACCUAAAAGAAAUACUUUAUGAUUUGUUGUUGACUUCUAGAACAGUGGAAGAAAUGAGGUUCACAACAAUGCUGGAGAAGUUUUGCAGAAUGUGUAACCUAAAGGGAAGUAUAGGAUUGGUCGAGGAAACCAUGAUCAAGGAUGUACGUGUUGUGGCAGUUCCAGACUUAACUUUCAGAAUUUCAUCAAAUGAAAUGCCUGAUGUAAUACAGAUAAUGACAGUUGCAGAGGUUAAAGUUUCAACCAAUGAUUCAUUAGUUGAUCAAAAGAUUCAUGUUACUAGACAAAAACCAGAGGCUAUUGAUAAGGAGACACUUCAAACUAUGGAUCCAUCAAAGAUAAGAGGAUUUAGCCAACAUGUUGGACAGCUGAUCAUUGGACUAGGCAAUUCUUGCUUCAAAAAAGAAUGUCUUGGCCUUUUGCUCCAUGAGACAAAGAUACUGAUAACAUGCCUGUCUACAUCACCCAGGUAUUGUACUCAUAUCAAAGAUAAAUUAGGUCCAGAAGACAAAGCUACUCUGCAUUUUAUUGGACCUUAUGAUAUAUUAAAGGCAAGGGAGAGGAGCCAGCUGAUAAAAGCUUUUCUACGUUUAGGAAACCGACAAAGAUUAGGAAUACCAAAAGUAUAAUCUGCCUUUUGUGUUACUAGAAUCUGCUCACCCUAUCAAAGCUAAAGUGAAUACCAAAGUUGAUUCAUAGUAAUGAAUAUAGAGGUGUAAUACCACCAAAUCAUGGUACGUCACAUCUGGUUGCAUACGAAAGUAGGUCUUAAAAAAUAUUCCCUUGAAUUUGACCGUUGUAGGUAAUUAAUCCUACAUUUUAUUGCAGUAAAACUAUUUCUGUGUCAUAAACAUAUGUCUUGGGUAUUUCAAAACACCAUUAUUUUUAUUUGUGAUUUCUAUAGAAAAUUUUGUAAUCUUGAGGUUACAUGGUUACUAAACCUUGUACACAGAUAGAAUAAGAGGAGAAAUUUGAUUGGUUAACUUCCAAUGAUUUUUAUUUUCUUAUAUGCAAUGAAAUGUUAUGUGAAACUUUUUCUAUAGAACUGGACAGGAUAAAACUUUACUCAUGCCAAGUAUUUCUUUAUUUGAAACAAAGAUAAAUUCUGCACAAUUUUUUGAAAAGUGCAAAUUUAACAAAGACUAAUAGGGGAAAAUCAAUGAUGGUAUUACACCUAGAGGUGGAAUCUCUUAAAAUACAUUUAUUUUUUAGUACAAAAUCUUAGUGAAAUUGUUGCCACAACAUUUUGUAAUUCAAGAACAAAGCAACAAAAAGUUUAUUUAUACAGCAUCAGAGUUAUUUUCAGAGCUAGAUAUAAAGAUAUGUAUAUAUAUUAACAUUAUUGUGACAUAGGAAAUGUACUAGAAAAUGCAAGAAUGGUGAAAUUCA